AUGGGUAAGAAGGCUAUUGACGCACGUAUUCCCUCGCUCAUCCGUAAUGGUGUUCAGGAAAAGGAAAGAAGUUUCUUCUUCAUCGUUGGUGAUAAAGCAAAGAAUCAGUUGCCGAACUUGCAUUAUUUGAUGAUGUCUGCAGAUUUAAAGAUGAACAAGUCCGUGUUAUGGGCUUAUAAGAAGAAAUUGUUGGGAUUCACUUCCCAUAGACAAAAGAGAGAAACUAAGAUCAAAAAGGAUAUUAAAAGAGGAAUCAGAGAAGUCAACGAUCAAGACCCAUUUGAAGCGUUCAUUUCCAAUCAGCACAUUCGUUAUGUCUACUAUAAGGAAACAGAAAAGAUCUUAGGUAACACGUAUGGUAUGUGUAUUUUGCAAGAUUUCGAAGCCUUAACACCUAAUCUCUUGGCAAGAACCAUUGAAACUGUUGAAGGUGGUGGAUUGGUUGUCAUCUUGUUGAAGUCUAUGACUUCCUUGAAGCAGUUGUACACUAUGUCUAUGGAUAUUCAUUCCAGAUACAGAACUGAGGCUCACGAUGAUGUCGUCGCGAGAUUCAACGAAAGAUUCUUAUUAUCAUUGGGAUCGUGUGAAAACUGCUUAGUUGUUGACGACGAGUUGAACGUCUUACCUAUCUCAGGUGGAAAGCACGUUAAGCCAUUGCCUCCUAAGGAUGAUGACUACAUGGACCCAAAGCAGAGAGAAUUAAAAGAAUUGAAACAGUCCCUUGAAGAUGUGCAGCCGGCAGGGGCAUUGGUAAAUUUAGCUAAAACUGUAAACCAGGCACAGGCCAUUUUGAGUUUCAUUGACUCCAUAUCUGAAAAGACGUUAAGGCAAACUGUCACGUUGACAGCAGGAAGAGGUCGUGGUAAAUCUGCUGCCUUGGGUAUCUCCAUAGCUGCUGCUGUGUCUCAUGGAUAUUCCAAUAUUUUUGUUACUUCUCCCUCACCAGAAAAUUUAAAGACCUUGUUUGAAUUUAUCUUCAAAGGUUUCGAUGCUCUUGGCUACACUGAACAUUUGGACUAUGACAUUAUUCAAUCUACCAAUCCUUCUUUCAAUAAAGCCAUUGUUAGAGUUGACAUUAAGAGAAGUGACCAUAGACAGACUAUUCAGUAUAUCUCUCCUAAUGAUAACCAUGUCUUAGGGCAAGCUGAAUUGGUCAUUAUCGACGAAGCGGCUGCAAUCCCAUUACCAGUGGUUAAAAAGUUAAUGGGUCCUUACUUGAUAUUUAUGGCUUCCACCAUCAAUGGUUACGAAGGUACUGGUAGGUCAUUAUCAUUAAAGUUGAUUCAACAGUUGAGAGAUCAGCUGAAUAACAGCUCCAAGAAUAGUAACGACACCAUGGUCGUUUCAAGAGACAGUAAAAAAUCAGAUUCAGAUUCUUCAAUUGAAUCGGCUGGUCGUACUUUGACUGAAGUCAAGUUAGAUGAACCCAUCAGAUAUGCUCCAGGAGAUCCUGUUGAAAAAUGGUUGAAUAAAUUAUUAUGCUUGGACGUUUCGUUGUCUAAAAAUUCUAGAUUUGCAACCAAGGGUACUCCACAUCCAUCUGAAUGUAACUUGUUCUAUGUUAACAGAGACACAUUGUUCUCUUACCAUCCAGUGUCAGAAACUUUCUUACAGAAAAUGAUGGCAUUAUACGUCGCCAGUCAUUAUAAGAAUUCUCCAAACGAUUUGCAAUUAAUGAGUGAUGCACCAGCUCAUCAGCUAUUUGUUUUGUUGCCACCUAUUGAUGAAAAGGAUAAUAAAAUCCCAGAUCCAUUGUGUGUAGUCCAAUUAGCAUUAGAGGGUGAAAUUUCUAAGGAAAGUGUGCGUCAUUCAUUGUCUAGAGGGCAGAGAGCAGGAGGUGAUUUGAUUCCAUGGUUAAUCUCACAACAAUUCCAAGAUGAGGAGUUUGCAUCAUUAUCAGGAGCAAGAAUCGUCAGAAUUGCUACAAAUCCAGAAUAUUCCAGUAUGGGUUAUGGUUCUAGAGCAAUUGAAUUAUUAAAGGACUAUUAUGAAGGAAAGUUUACUGAUAUUAGUGAAUCAGGUAGUACCCCAGUUCAAAGUAUUACCAGAGUUACUGAGGCAGAAUUGGCCAAUGGUUCAUUGAAGAAGGACGAAAUUAAAUUGAGAGAUGCCAAAACAUUACCACCUUUGUUGUUGAAACUUUCAGAAAAGCCACCAUACUAUUUACAUUACUUGGGAGUAUCGUACGGUUUGACUCCUCAAUUGCAUAAAUUCUGGAAGAGAUCAGGAUUCACUCCUGUUUAUCUUAGACAAACUGCCAAUGAAUUAACUGGUGAACAUACUUCUGUAAUGAUAAAUGUGUUAAAUGGUAGAGAAACAGGCUGGUUAAAGGAAUUUUCAAAGGAUUUCCAUAAGAGAUUCUUACAAUUAUUAUCAUAUGAAUUUAAGAAGUUCUCCGCAAUUCAAGCUUUAAAUAUCAUUGAAGCUACCAAGCAAGACGAAAAUUCUAGAAAGCAAUUGACAAGAGAACAAUUGGAUGACAUCUUAUCACCUUUCGAUUUGAAGAGAUUGGACUCGUAUGCUAAUAAUUUAUUAGACUAUCAUGUUAUCGUUGACAUGCUACCAUUAAUAUCUCAAUUGUACUUCGGUAAGAAAGUUAACAAUGAUGUAAACUUGUCUUCGGUUCAAGCAGCCAUCUUAUUGGCUAUUGGGUUGCAACAUAAGGACAUGGACCAGAUAUCAAAGGAAUUGAACUUGCCUUCCAAUCAAUCAAUGGCUAUGUUUGCCAAAAUUGUGAGGAAAUUUUCUACGUACUUUAAGAACUUGUUGAGUAAAGCAAUUGACGACAGUAUGCCUAAAUUGCAAGACGACAACAUUCGUGAAAUGGAUGGUGAAGAUGUUGAACAUAUUGAUUAUGACAAGAUUGAAAAGAAAAUGCAUGAUGACUUAGAGGAGGCAGGUGACGAAGCAAUGAAGGAGUUAAGAACGAAACAAAGAGAAUUGAUCAAUUCAUUAAACUUGAAUAAGUAUGAAAUAGCUGAGGACGCUGAGUGGGAUGAAGUUGACGGCUCGAGCUUGAAGAAAGUUGCUGGUAAAGGAGGUGUUGUAAGCGUCAAAAACAAGAAUUCUAAGAGGAAACAAGAAAAUGCUACUGAUAUAUACCAGGAGGAGAUGAAGAGUGCCAGAAAGAGUCUUAAAAAAUCAAAGAAGUGA